AUGAUCAACAAGUACACCGGAGGUAACUCUGGCAACAACAACAACAACAACAACUCCUCGUCGGGCGGCUACGGCGGCUCCAACGACAACGACAGCUACGGUAACAACAACUCCUCGUCGGGUGGCUACGGAGGCAACAACGACAGCGACAGCUACGGCAGCUCCGGUGGCCGCGGCGGCCAGUCGGGCGGCUUCGGCGGCAACAACGACAGCGACAGCUACGGCUCCUCGGGCCGUGGCGGCCAGAGCGGAGGCUACGGCGGCAGCAACGACAGCGACAGCUACGGCAGCUCUGGUGGUCGCGGUGGCCAGUCUGGAGGCUACGGCGGCAACAACGACAGCGACAGCUACGGCAGCUCCGGUGGCCGCGGCGGCCAGUCGGGCGGCUUCGGCGGCAACAACAACAGCGACAGCUACGGCAGCUCCGGUGGCCGCGGUGGCCAGUCUGGAGGCUUCGGCGGUAGCAACGAUGACGACAGCUACGGCAGCUCGGGCGGCCGUGGCGGACAAUCUGGCGGCUACGGCGGCAACGACUCGUCGUACGGCAACAACCAGUCCAGCGACGACUACUAA